CACACCGCAGCUCCAACCUCCUCUGCUCACAACAGCCAACAGCACAGACAACAUGGACAAGACCGCAGUCGCCUACAAAGAGAAGAUGAAGGAGAUCUCAGUUCUGUCACUCAUCUGCUCCUGCCUGUACCCUGAAACCCGUAAAAAUGCCAUGGGAGACUUUGAAGACAUGGACAUCAAGCCCAUAAACAAGCGAGCCUCAGGCCAGGCCUUUGAGGUCAUCCUGAAGGCUUCAUCUCCUGUGUCUGAGACUGGUCACUGCAUCACCAGUCCCCCAAAGAGGGACAUUUCCCUGGAAGACAUCCAGAAGAAACUGGAAGCAGCUGAAGAUAGACGGAAAUCCCAGGAGGCUCAGGUGCUCCGUGCUCUGGCUGAAAAGAGGGAGCACGAGCGUGACGUUCUGCUCAAGGCCAUGGAGGAGAACAGCAACUUCAGCCGCAUGGCCGAAGAGAAGCUGCAGCUAAAGAUGGAGCAGAUCGAGGAGAACCGGCAGGCUUACCUGGCUGCCAUCAUGGAGCGUCUGCAGGAGAAGGAGAGGCAUGCUCAGGAAGUGCGUAAGAACAAGGAGUUGAGAGAAGAGUUGACAGCAUGAGAAAACCCCAACAGGUUCUACGUCCCACCUCCAAACCCUCUACACCCACCACCGCCAAAUCCACCACCACCUCUUUCCUUUACGCCCCCCCCCAAAAUAAUAAUAAUUUAAAAAAAAAACCUCCUUCUCCCAAUCCAACUAUGACACACCACCCCAAGACAGUGGGAAGUUCAGAUGGGGUUGGGGGUGAAAAGAUGCAAAAAUCAUUUAAAGAAAAAAAGAGGAAAACGUAAUGUCUCCCACCCACUCUUCCCAAAAAAGAAUGUUUUUGCUCUGUUUAAAAAGAAAAAAAAAUGGAAUUGACAAGUGACAGUGGGCAUUGGUUUUUGUAAAUACUUCUUUUUUUGUUAUAUACAGUACAAUACAAGCAGCAGAAGUAUUGAUUGCAGUGUGCCAUUUUUUUUAUAUAAGUUUCCUCUCCCCACUUAUAUAUGGAUGUAAUAAUUUGUUCUUUUUCAUGUUUUUUGUUCAUUUGAACCUGAAAACCUUCCUUUGAAGUUUCUCUUGUGUGGUAACAGGCUUAGGUGUUUGUUGUGAGUUUGCCAGCUAGCUGAUGUGUGCAGUGACGGGUUGCAUCCUCACCAGUUUGCACCCUGGCUCUGGUCCUUCUCUCUGCAGAUGCACAUUUGACCUUACAGAUCCAGAGACAAAAACUGGAUCUGUGUCGGGGUGGAGUCAUUUUCCAUCCGGUUUGUGCCAAUGUUCAUAAUUAGUAAAAAGGGGGCAUGUGCAGGAAAUGUUGGCAGGGGUGAUGGGGGACCGGGUCCAGUCUGCUGUCUGUGAGGAGUCCAAACCACUGCUGCACGUCCACUCCUGUGAGGUAGAUGGUGACUGUACCGCAGGAGAACACUAUAGCAUUUAAUGAGCCUAUCCUCUUUCUCUCCAUCUGCAUCUUCUUCAUCUUUUCACAUACAUGUAAACUGUAGAAGCACUCACUCACUGGUGCUUCACGUGGGCAGGCGUUCAGCCAAUCAGAGUGCAGAGCUCAAGAGGAGCUUGCAAUUUUCUGUCUCAUCUGGCACCGAAAAAUUCAUCCCCUACUAAUGGCAGAACUCUUCAUUGUGUAUUCCUUAGAAACAAGCUUCCAGCCACAUUUCAUUCACACAUUACCGUAGUGCACAACACAACUGUGGUUAAAAGUUGAUCCAAACGAGGUUAGAGGUGUGGAGUGCAAGAACGACACUUGAGAUCAGACUUGUUACUGUGAAUUUCAACUGGGAGAAAACGCUAGAUUUUUCUCAUCUUUCUCCUUCAUAUAUAGAGGCUAGAGUAGUGCUCAACAUAAUCAGCAUCUUGUGCAGCAUCCGCACCUACCGGAAUCAUUGCACUUCUCCCCCUGACACUAUCAGUGCCGCCGAAAGGUCGGCACAAGAAAGAUAUUUAAAGCCAUAAAAGGUAUCCCUUGCAGCAACAAUUCAUGAGCACAGUAUUGCCAUCUGUAAAGGUGUAUAUGACUGUAAUAAAGUAUGCCAGUAGUUUGUACCCAGGUGUGUUGAGGCCUGAGGUUGAACCCUUUCAGUCACACAUGCAGCGUAGACCCCUAGUUAUGUGAGUGUGUGUGUGUUUCAGAAAGGGCAGGUUUGUAUGUUUGUGCCAUGUAAUAGUGUUCGACUCCAACAUCGGCUCUAAAUUGACAUGAUUGCAGUGUGUAACGAUUGUCAGAGACACAUCCCAGACAGUGACUUUCUACCUGCCUCUCUCUCUCUUUUUCUCUCUGUCCAUUUGUGUGUUCCCUCUCUCUCUCUCUACAUAUAUCUUUGUGAGCAAGCAGUGGUUAAUAAAGAUUUGGGGUUCAGUGAAUG